GCCGGCGAGCGUGACAAAUACUUUACAAUCGACUCCUUUACUGCUCGACCAUAUAUUGAUUUUAUUUGAAUGAUAAUUUCGGGUCAGUUGGAAAACAUCAGCUCGAUUUCUGAAUGAAAAAAGUGAAAUUACCUCAUAUUUUGUUUCUUCUUGCUUGUUUUAUUAUUUCUUUUCUGUGCCAUCUCUCAAUCGAUCUAAACAAAGGCGAAAAGAUGACUCCAGUUUUAUUUUAUGACAAGAACAGUUCACUCAAUUCUUCAAGGCUAAAACUGCCGGAAGUCAAUUUGACAAAAAUCGCCCCGCUACGAUCAAAUAUGAUGAAGAGAAUAAACGAGACAUAUCGGAAGAUUCUGGUCACUAGCUUCCCACGUAGCGCCUCGUCAAUAUUCACCCUGUCCUUAGCAAAGAUUUCAACCAAAUCCUUCCGGACAUUCGAGCCUCUUUACGACUUCAGAAAGAUGAUAGAGACACAAAGUGAGAAGUGGGGGACGAUGGAGAGGGUAUUCGGAGUUCUGAACUCUUUCUUCUCCUGUGAAGUGCAGGCGAAGGGGAGGAUGGGGUGGGAGUUGGAACUAGCAGUCUAUUACCAUCACUUCUGCACUUACCAACAAGACCAGCGCCAGAUACCACGCAUCACCCACAUUUACCACAAGGAAAAAUGUCGUCACUAUUUUGAUGAGCAUUGUCCUUCGUCCGACUUGAGAGUGGUGAAGACUAUCCGAGCCCAGAUCCUGUCGGAGGCACUGCAACAGACACUUUACGCGAGACUCCUUCAGCACCAUCCAGACCUCAUGAUUCUCGUUCUCAUCAGGGACCCCAGAAAGGUCUACGUCUCAAACAAAGUGAUCCGUUUUCCAAUUUCUUCAGUUGAUGAAGUUUGUUCAAAGCAGAUUCGUCUCAUCAGUGCAGCUCAAAAAGCAGCUGAACAACUGGAUGCAAUGAACCGUGUCAUCGUCAUUAAAAAAGAAGAUUUCUCCAAAAAUGGUUUGGAGUUCAUGUCAAAAUUAGCCCGGACCAAAUUGAACCGAGAAGUUGUGUUUCCAGCCAGUGCUUGGAUGAAGAACUUCAUUUCUAUUGAAAAAUACUCCAGAGAUAUAUCAAGAGAACAGCACAAGUUAAUGUUGUAUGACAAUGCAUCAACACAAGCCGCCAAUUCAGAAAACUGUCAGAAAGUUUUUAAACUUAUGAAUUAUGAUAUUGGCGCUUGA